AACGUUACGCGCACCUCCGGUUGGUGUGUGAUCAUUUGAAUGAGUGUGAGUAUGUGCGCAUGGUGAUGUGAUCUACGGACUGUGUGAGGAUCUGACUGUAAUACAGCGGUGGAAAUCACCGGAUGUGUGAGAGCAGCGCGCAGUAGCACCCAAAGCCAGUUGUGUAGUAAGUCACCGACCAUGACGCGCCGGAGCGCCUUUACGCGAGCAAGAUGUCAUUAGUUACCAAUUAAAUACACCGAGCAGCGAUAUUUUGGAGGAAAAUAACUAUGUUUUAGUCGCGUUUGUUAUAUUUUGGAUACAAAAAGGCCAGAAAGGGGGAUUGGGAGAACAGGGGACGAGUUCUUCACAAAAGAAGCGAUGGAGGAGCAGCAGAACACCACAGACGGCAGCGAGGGGGAGAGCGUGUCCCCGUCUCCCGGCCUGCCUUCGCCUCCCAUCCGGCCCCUGCAGGUCGCCCAGCAGGCCCACAGAACUACCAACUUUUUCAUCGACAACAUAUUGCGGCCUGACUUUGGCCGCAAGAAGGAGCACGGCGGCCUGGGCCCGCAGGCCUCAGGCCGGGAACGGGUGCACCCGGCGGUCAGCAGGCCGAGCCUUCCCGGGACGCCGUGCCAGGACUCGAACUGCAGCAGCGACAGCACUUCGUCCUCCGCCUCCUCGGCCUCUUUGGCGAGUCCCAAACAGAGUAACGGCUGCGCCGGAGGCGCCGUCUCCACCGGGAACAGCGGCGUGAAAGCCGAGGACAGAACUGGCGCCGGGGCCGGGGGGGAGAACACGUCCUCCUCGCUGGUGGUGCUGAAGGGAACCGGGGCGUCCACGCCGGAGAGCCAGCCCUUGCUCUGGCCCGCCUGGGUGUACUGCACCCGGUACUCGGACAGGCCCUCAUCUGCAGGCCCAAGGACACGGAAACUGAAAAAGUCAAAGAGCGGCAAAGAGGACAAGAGGCCGCGCACGGCCUUCACGGCCGAGCAGCUGCAGAGACUGAAGACGGAGUUCCAGGUGAACCGCUACAUCACGGAGCAGCGGCGCCAGGCUCUUGCCCAGGAGCUCAGCCUCAACGAGUCCCAGAUCAAAAUCUGGUUCCAGAACAAGAGGGCCAAGAUCAAAAAGGCCAGCGGAUUCAAGAACGGUCUGGCGCUGCAGUUGAUGGCGCAGGGACUGUACAACCACUCCACCACCACCAUCCAGGAGGACAAGGAGGAGGACAGCGACUGAGGACUCUCCUCACACCCUGUACAGUGUAAAUGAAUGCAGUACGUCUAAUUUAAUAAUCCAUUUUGAUGACAAGGACUUCUUCAUCCUCCUCUUCCAAUGGGACUAUCCAGCAGACUCUUCAGACUGACCUGCCACCGCAAAACCAAAGAGAUUUUAUUGUAAAAAAAGAGCUUGGACACUUUCUGGAACAGUAGAAAAGGCGCUUGUUGCAGCUGCUGCUGCGGCCUCGCACACGCACGAUCCGAAUACCGAGACCAGCCACCAGGCAUUGAGUGCACUGGUCAUCACGUUCAGCUUUUCUUGUUUUUCCUCUACAAACUGGACCAAUGGCAGUACAUUUACACACUUAAAGUUUCAAAAAGAAACAUCGCAGGAAGGGGGGUAAACAUGCUUUAAAAUAUGUUGUCGACACGAGAAACACACGUAAACCCCCCGGUUUAUUAAAGGGAUAUUGGAAAAAUACUAUUAAGUCGUGGUCUUAGAACUAUUGUUAUUGUGCCCUUUUUAAUGGGCAUUUAAACAAGAGGGAGUUUAUGUAGAAUUAAAAAUGUAUAUGCACUUCCUCUUGCUGAUUCCAUUUUAGAUAUCAAAAUAUUUCAAUGUGACAAUUUAUGGGCCAAAUUAAAUAAAUUAUAAAUAACGAUUCCGAUCAUACAAAAUAUGAAUAAAUAAUUAAAUGGUGCAAAAUCCCAAUUUUAGGGGGGAAAUUAUAUCAUAGCCGCAGUAUCUCUAUAAUCCUUUGAACCAUAUGCACUUCUUUCUGUCUAUUUUAUUGCUGUAAAAAAGACGUAAAACAUUUUCAAUAAUUCACAUUGAACCUAACUCUAUUCCAACAAAAUCCUGAUAUUUUUUAUUUUACAGUGACUAUUAAUCUGCUCUCAUGUCGUUAUCAUUCUCUUUUAAUUCUUCUGUUUGUAGCCAUCAUUUAGUUUGGAUAAAACCCUUGUGGAACAGUUCAUACAGAGGGUCUACAUGGUGUAUCCUGUAUGUCCACCUAAUCACAAAUGGACUAUUUUCCCCUCUGUGUAAAUUUCCUGGUGUGGCCUUUAUUUUGACACAUAAAGACAUUUGGAAUACAAAGUAUGUUUGAAGAGGAGGAUAUAGUAUGUAUUUAAACCAUGUUUCCAAAUAAACACUUUUAUAUUGGAAAAGGACCCCCAAAAAACCCUCAGGAACACAGUGAGCCAUUUUAUUUUCUGGUGAGUGUCAGAGAAUAUUUAAUUAAGAAAUUGAAGUGUGUUUUUGUGUGUGUGGGGCGGGAGGUGGAGGGCUGCAGCUCAUUGGUUCAAGUGAGUGGGACAACUGAAUCCAUAUUCAUAAGUCUUUGGAAGGAGGGGAAUUUACACUGCGAGACGCACCGCUAUCAGCACUGUUAAGUGUUACAGAGCAUGAAAUUGCCUCUCCGUCUCUGUGUUCACUCAUUUCAUCAGCAAGCCUUUGUAGGCCUGAAACAAAAGUAUAGAGGUGUUAUAGAGAAAGAACCAUGUGUUUGUUUGUGAGACGUUCAACAGCAGCUUGGCACGAUCAGGACCUGGAAUCACACCUUACUGCAUUAAAUAAAUAAAGCAGCUUACACUUGG